CCAUAUUUGAAUGCUAUCGACAUGAAGAGGAUUUAUUAGAUCUCAUGAGAUUUAAAGCUGGAUUUGUUAAUUUUUCAUUGGUUUGGGAGAGAAGCAGAUCAGUUUCCUCGAGAUCUGAUGACCAGGAUCCUCACUUUGGAAACUGAAAAUGAAACCUCAGGCUCCUCUGCAGAUUCUGCUGUACGCCACAGUCAUCAGAAGUCUAAAAGCGGUUUCAAAACGCAACUCCGUGGACGGAUGUACUGACUGGUCUGUGGACUACCUGAAAUAUAAAGUUCUGUUUGGGGAGCCCGUGAGGAUUAAAUGUGCUUUAUUUUAUGGAUACAUCCGUGCAAACUACACACAUGCACAGAGCACAGGACUCAGUCUGAUGUGGUACAAGAGCGCAGGCCACGGAGACUUUGAAGAGCCCAUUUCAUUCGACGGUAGCCGUAUGAGUAAGGAGGAGGACUCUAUCUGGUUCAGGCCGGCUGAGUUACAAGACGUGGGACAUUAUUCAUGCGUGUUGAGGAAUUCUACGUACUGUAUGAAAGUAUCGAUGGUGCUCGCAGUGGCCAAGAACGACACUGGUCUCUGUUACAACUCCAAAAUGAGAUAUUUUGAGAAGGCUGAGCUGAGUAAAGGUAAAGACAUCAUCUGUCCCAACAUUGAUGACUACAUGCAGCCUGGAAAACAGAUGGAGAUAACCUGGUACAAGGAAUGCCGACCAAAACACUGGAGGCAAACUGUCACCAAGAAGGCGGACGUUCUGUCCAUUAAAAAUGUGCGAGAGGAUGACAUUGGAAAUUACACUUGUGAAUUGCAGUUUGGAAGUUUUGUCGUGAGAAGGACCACUGAACUUUCCGUCACCGCACCAUUGACUGACAGACCACCCAAAAUCUUGUACCCUACUGAAAAUCAAAUGAACAUUGUGGAGAUGCAGUUAGGCAGUCCUUUGAACUUGACCUGCAGAGCUUUCUUUGGUUAUAGCAGGGAUGCGAGUCCUCUCAUUUACUGGAUGAAGGGAGAGAAGUUUAUCGAGGACCUGGAUGAAAACAGGAUCAGAGAAAGUGAAAUUAAGACUGUUCGGGAGCAUUUGGGUGAGCAGGAGGUGUCUAUCUCACUGACAAUAGAUGCUGUAGAAGACAGUGACCUGGGGAAUUAUUCCUGUUUUGUGGAAAACAGCCACGGCAGACGCCAGGCCAACAUCCAGCUCAGUAAAAGGGCAGAGCUCAUGUAUACAGUGGAGUUGGCAGGGGGUUUGGGAGCCAUUCUGCUGAUGUUGAUAUUUCUGUUGUCCAUAUAUAAGUGCUACAGAAUCGAACUGAUGCUGUUCUACAGACAUCACUUCGGAAGUGAGGAUAUAGAUGGGGAAAAUAAAGACUAUGAUGCAUAUGUUUCCUACACUAAAGUGGAUCCAGACCAGUGGUGUCAGGAAACCAGAGAGGAGGAACGUUUUGCUUUUGAAAUUUUGCCAGAUGUUUUGGAAAAGCAUUAUGGAUACAAACUCUUCAUUCCUGACAGGGACUUGAUACCAACUGGAAGUUACAGCAAUGCUCAUUUCCAGGAUGACACAGGACUUCUUAGAGCCUACAUUGAAGAUGUGGCUCGCUGUGUAGACCAAAGCAAACGCCUCAUUAUAGUCAUGACGGCAAACUAUGUGAUGAGGCGAGGCUGGAGCAUCUUUGAGCUGGAGACGCGACUACGCAACAUGUUGGUUAGUGGAGAGAUCAAAGUCAUCCUCAUCGAAUGUGCUGAGUUGCGAGGAAUCGUGAAUUACCAGGAAGUAGAAGCUCUCAAACAUACCAUCAAACUUCUGACGGUCAUCAAGUGGCCAGGACCUAAGGGCAGUAAACUUAACUCCAGGUUCUGGAAGCAGCUUCAGUAUGAAAUGCCCUUUAAGCGCCCCGAACCCAGGCUGUCAAACGAGCAGGUGCUGGAUGUGAGCGAGCAGGGACCUUUUGGUGAGCUGCAGACCAUCUCUGCCAUUUCCAUGGCUGCAGCGACAUCCACAGCCAUGGCAACCGCACACCCGGAGCUGCGUUCUACUUUUAGCAGCACGUAUCACACGCAGCUGCGGCAGAAGCAUUACUUCAGGAGUUACGAAUAUGACGUUCCUUCUACUGGUACCCUUUUACCCCUUUCAUCACUGGGCAACCGGCACACCUACUGCAACAUCCCCAUGACACUACUCAACGGCCAGCGGCCGCAGGGAAAAUUGCACCACGAGCAGCAGCAGCAGGGGAUAGAGGAGCAGCAUAUUAACAAUGCCAUGUUAGCAUUGUUGCCACGGGAAACCAGCAUUUCCAGUGUCAUUUGGUAACUUCAGAUUGCUAAUGGCACUUAUUCCAAACCACAUAUGAUCCACAAUACCUACUUGUGUUGAUUUCAAACAAGAAGACAUAAUCUUGAAACGAAUAGGAAAACUCAGAGAGGCCAUUCUGUUUUGUUUCCAUAAUGCACUUAUUUACUUCAGGAAUACAGGGUCUUGUACAUAUAUGUAAAAUUCCUUUGUAGCAUUGCACUUUGUUCCAUUACUGUUAUACUUUUUUUUUUACAAUUUCAAAUUUUUAUAUCAAAUUUAUUUUUCCCUUAUAAACUGACUGAGACAGAGUCAUUUAAACAAAGGUUCAUUAAUGAUUGACCUGUUGUGCUUUGUCCUUGACUUGAUUCUUGAGACUUGUUUCCUAAACCAGUAGAUAAUUUGUGAUUGUUUUCUUAAAAACAGCAACAUUUUGUUUAACAAAUUAUUUUUUGCUGUCAAUUUAUGAGAUUUAUCCACUACAAAGAAAACAUGUCAUUAUGCAAAUGCUACCGAGGCCUAAAGUUCAAAUUCUUCCUGAUUGAAGGAGUAAGCAGAUGUUUAUCUCUCUUAUGUUUUUUUUUAGAUGUUCUAGAUAAACAGCUUUGCUGUUAGUAAUAUAGAUAAAGAAAAAAUGCUGUAUCAUAUUUUAAAAGAAAAAUAUAUUUUUGUUACAAAGGAAUUUGCUUGGCAAGACAUGCAUCAGUCACAUGUCAUUUAUGCUACUUAUUAAAAGACUGAAGAGA